AUGGCGCAGGCAGCACCUUCCGGAUGGAAACAGCUCCUUGCGCUCCUGCUGUGGCUCCAUCUGGCGCGCCUGGCGGCAGCAACGCGCGCGCACCACCAGAUCUCUGCAUCUGGACCAUCUCCGCCCGCUGCCUACCACAUCAAGGUUUCAGAUCUUGGGCUAGUGCCGUACAACAUUCCGACUACCACCACAACAACCUCAGAUCCGGAAAUAGGUGCUACCAUCCAGAAAAUGCGGCACGCUCUGCGAGAUCCGAAGCAUUGCUUCAGUGACAUACUUGUUGCUGUCGAGGGCUGGAACCAGUAUGAUGAGUUUGUUCAAGGUUCUGCCAUCCUGUACGAGGACGCGGUGCAACUGCCUUCUGGGACCUGGGUUUGGACAACGAAGGAUUUCAAAACUGGCAUUGAGACCAACACCUACAUCGGCUGCAAUACUUUGAAAGGAACUCCAGUCCUCAUCAGGCAGUCGCCCGACGAGGCGGGUGCGGAGGACGGCAUUCUCGAGAUCCGGCAAGGCGGUGGGGCCGCAGAGAUGUGGCUUCACGAGGGGCAGGAG